AUGAAGGAAUCUGUGUCAAUUUUGAACUAUUAUUCAAGGGUGUUGGCUAUUGUUAAUCAAAUGAAGAGAUAUGGAUAUACCUUAGAAGAUGUUCAUGUUAUUGAAAAGAUCCUUCAUUCUUUGGUUCCAAAGUUUGGUUACGUGAUUGUCGAGAAGAAAAGAACCAAAAAGGUUGAGGCUGUGGACACAGAUGAAGAUGAGGUUAUGGCUAAGGAGGUCGUGGAAGAGGUCAAUAUCAUUAAAGAUCAACAAGAUGUGAAAGAGCCAACUUUAUUGUUUGCACUUAAGAAUGAAGAAAGCAAUGAUGCAAGCAUAUGGUAUCUUGACAAUGGAGCAAACAACCAUAUGGAUGGAUGUAAAGAGGCAUUUUUGAAGCUUGAUGAGAAUAUUAGAGGCAAUGUUUCAUUUGAAGUGUGA